GUAGGCAGUAAUCACACACCGCUCUUGCAAAUGGACGUUGCAUGAGUUAUUUAUUAAGAUCGUGAUUUUUGUUUAUAUCAACGUUAAUCGGCGUCAAAAACUUUUGUAAUCACUUUUAAAACGUAUAUAAAAGCAAAAUAAUGUAGUGUGUGUAUGUAAUUUAAGCUUAAAAUGUUGUGUUCAGCCGUGUUACAAUAGGUUUACUUUUCACAGUUGGUUGAGAGACAAGUCGACUUCUCCCGUAGUACAUUUUACGUAUUGAAUUUUUUCAUGUUAAUUUUAUAACAAACGCGUUUGUGCACAUUGUUAGUUGUAUAAUAAUUGUUGAUGUGUAAUAUUAAGGAUACUGUAUAGUUAAAUUUGUGUUUUAAUCGUGCGAUGCCCACUUGCUAAUGCCAUCACAACUACCAAAAUGGCGCUGUGCGAGAGCCAACUGGAUUCGAACCUGGGACAGCUGAAGCGCGAGCAGCCGGACAGUGCGAUGGACUCGCCCGAGAAGCGUAUCAAGAUGGAGCACAACGGGGACAUGUACGGGCUGGAUAAAGUGCCUGGUGGUCUACCGCUCAGCGUGGACUACCGCUCCCCAGUCUCACACUUCGUGCCGCCAGCCGUGGAGCUGUAUGCAGCGAGACAUAAACAAGAGCAGAUGAAAACACAGACAAUAGAAACACCGCCGCCGGUGAAAAGAAAGCGCGGUAGGCCCAGAAUCGACAAGACCAGCCCGGAAUACCUGGCGAAUGUGGCUGCGAGGAAACAGGCGAAGGAAAUGGCCGCCAUGAUGAGUAAUUCUAAGCCCGCGUCGGAAACAGGCGAGAAACGGAAGCGCGGGCGGCCGCGGGUCGAUAAAACUAGCCCCGAGUAUCUGGCUAGGAAACGGGCUAGGGAGCUUGAAGCUCUCGAACGGAAAGCGAAGAGAGAGUAUAAGCGACGCGGUACUGCUGCCCAAAAUUCGUCGCUCAAGUCGCGCUCUCGCUCGCAAAUCGUCAAAAAAUUGCCGACGAAAAACAAAAUGAGCGUGUCGGUGCGAAAAAUACAACAGAAGUCUGGCAACAUGCGAAACGGUGGCGAAAAGUCUGUUAUAGUGAGGCGUAAUGCGAAAUUUAUUAGGCGGAAAGAUUCCGCCGCAUCGUCGUCAGCGGGGGACGCGACGCCGCGCGGGAAACGGAAAUACACGAAACGAACACCGAGCACCAAGAAGGAUUCGACCCCCAACACAGAAAGAGUUAAAGGGAAAAGAGGGAGACCGCGAAAAACGGACCAACUAGCCGCCAACAACAAAGAGAUGCAACAACCUAAAAUCCGCGUCAGAAGUAACCUUAUGCCGGAUUCGGCGGAACCCAUAACAGUAGACAGCGACGACGAACCGGAUCUAGGGUCACCGAGCCAAGCCUCGGAUUCGCUAAGCCUAGACGAGAAUCUACGCGCUUUGAGGCACAUCCACGAGAAAUAUGCUAAUAUAGAUAAGGAUGAUUUGUACGAAGCGCAUCUGUUAGCGAUGAACUGUAAGAAGCCGACUUCGGAUCAGGCGCAGAGAAUCAGAGACGAUGAUGAAGUGCUGUCGGUGCGGAGUUCUGAAGGUUGCGCAUCGGUCAAAGAGUUGGAUCCCAAAGUGGAAAAACUAGAAGACAGUUCUAAUUCAGACUCGGAUAGUAGUACGUCUGGCUCUGGUAGUUCCGGCUCCUCUUCGUCGUCGAGUUCGGACAGCUCAAGUUCAUCAGAUAGCUCGGAUUCAGAGUCAGGGUCUGAAGAUGAGAAACCUAAGGAGGAAGUCAUCUCCUUGGACAACAGCACUGCUGAUGAUGACAGAUCGUUCGGCGCCUGGUCGUACAGCGGGCAGCAGUCCGACUCCGACUCGGACCCGGAGCGGCUCGCGGGUGCUCCGCCCCCCGUCGAGCAGGACGAGAUAAGCGAAUCGGACAACGAAUCGCCAGACAAGAGCUUCCAGUGUCACAUAUGCAGGAAGUGGUAUUCUACGCGGGUCACGUUGAAAAUCCACAGGCGCAGUCAUCAGAACCGCGGUGGAGGCAACUCUCGUUCGCGCACGCGCUCUUCAGAUAGAUACGAGUGUGAUUGUUGCAACGAGACGUUCAACCGGCGCGAGAAACUCUGGGAGCAUAAGGCUGAAGCGCAUCGUGGCUCGAUGACGGUGCGCUGCGAGGUGUGCCGCAAGUGCUUCGAGGACGACUCGGAGUUGGCCGCACACGACCUCACGCACACCGCGGAUGAGAGGGCAGGCCGCUGCCGGUACUGCGGCGCGGUGUUCCCGCGCUACGAGCAGCUGCGGCGGCACGUGUCGUGCGCGCACGCGGCGCACGCGGCGGGCGCGGGCGCGGGCGCGGCGUCCUCGCGCCUGCCGCACGUGUGCGCGCAGUGCGGCAAGCGCUUCGGACACCCGCAGUCCCUCACGCGGCACCUGCACAACCACGCCAAGCAGCUCUACCGGUGUGUCGUUUGUAAGGCAUCAUUCGCCCGAGCGGACCAACUAGCGCAACACCUCAACAGCCACCUCGCGAACUACAAGCGGCUCAAGCCUUGAGACCGAGCGGUCACCCCGGGGCUCGUCAGGUCAGCACCUUGGAAUGUAGGGUAUUUGACUGGUUCACUCGUGCCGCCGUCGGACGGGCCGCGCGUGCGGUGUUUGUAAAUGCAGUCGGGAUCGCGACUGCAUGUUGUCUGCUGUCAUAUUAACUUAGUGCAGGUCGACUCGACGUUAGUAACUUGCGGAAGUCGACCUGUAGGUAGUUUUGUUAAGUCGACUUGACUAAGGUAACUGCGCGAGUCGACCUGUAGGUAGUGUUGUUCUGCGGGAGUCGACUUGUAGGUAUUUUUGUUAAGUCGACUUGACUAAGGUAAUUGCGGGAGUCGACCACGCUGUAGAUAACUUAAUUGAGGUCGACUUGACUGCGAGUCGACCAGCAUUAAUUUGGUGUAAGUCGACUUGGUUGCAACUUGGUGCAGGCGAUCCCGUACGCGCACGCGCGGUCCAUCCCAUAGCACUAUUAGCAUAAUCUCCCUCCCCACCCGUUUUCACGUAGAAAUAAGGCUUCAAAUUAUGUGUUUGGGGUUGCUGAUGGUAUGACGAGGGUUCAUUUAUUUCUGAGUAGAAAAACGCCUUAAAAGAUGAAGCUACGCCGUAGUAAUACAUCUACGUGAGGCUACGCCGUAGACCUUUGACAGAAUGAAUGUGUUUGACAAUUGAACAGAAAGUCGACCUGUUGCAAAUAUUUGCUCAAAUACCCCAAGUUUUGCCAACGCAAAACUUGGGGUAUUUGAGCAAAUAUUUGCCCUAUUUCGCCAAUGCAAUAUCAAUAUGACACAAAGUCGAUAUUGCUUUGUCAAAGGCGCAAAUGUAUUGUCAAAUACGUCAAGUGUUGUCAUUAUGAAGAUUCGGAGGCAACGCACUGUUGGUUAUUCCUAUUUAUUGAGAGUACAUAAAAUAUAUUUUAAAUUGUUUUACUGGACUGAUAGAAAAAUUAAAUAAUAACUAAACUUCGAUUCAUAUAAAAUAUAGUUGUUUUAAUGUGACAUUCGAUUUUAUUUAUUUAUAACUGUAGUCAAUGAAAAAUUAAUUUAUAAAUGUAAAUCAAUUUGAAUUAUCUUUAAUAUCCAUACUUGCGGAUGUUUGCGUCUGACCAAAUAGCGACGGUUUCAAACAGGCCGGCAUAAUUGUGUCGACUGGCGUGGCGAGUGUAACAUGAUGGAUAGCAGGUUUAAAUAAUAACUGUCACUUUAAUAAAAUGAAUGAUACGCCUUUUCAGGAACGAAUGACUGUAUUAUGAUGCAUAGCGGGUUUAAAUUACUGGCACUUGAAUGGAAUGAAUGAUACGCCUGUUCAGGAACGAAUGACUGUAACAUGAGGCAUAGCAGGUUCAAAUAACUGUCACUUGCAUAAAAUGAAUGAUACGCCUGUUCAGGAACGAAUGACUGUAUCAUGAGGCAUAGACCGUUCAAAUAACUGUCACCUCAAAGGAAUGAAUGAUACGACCGUUCGAGAUUGAAUGACUGUGAUAUGAUACAUUGCAGGCUAAAAUUACUGCCACUUGAAUGGAAUGAAUGAUACACCUGUUCGAGAAAGAAUGACUGUAAUACGAUGGAUAGCAGAUUAACAUUAUUAUAACCUAAAUGGAAUGAAUGAUACGCCUGUUCGAAAACGAAUGACUAUAACAUGAUGCAUAGUUAAAAUUAGAAAAAUUAAAAACCAUCAUUCAAUAAUAUUCUAAUUAAAAAAACCUGAUUAAGAUUACUAAGAUUCCUAAUUGAAAGCCUUUAAAGCACCUACAAUUCUUUUUAAACUUUAUAUAGUUUUGGAUUUCGCACUUCAGAGCCAAAAUGAGUUUCAUUUGAAUACGGUCCAUGAACUGCAUUUUAGGGGUCGUUCACUAAUCACGUGAUGUUUUUUAGUGACUUUUUAACCCACGGUGAUAUGUGGUGAGGUUUUAGACUACCCCUGCCACUACCCAAAAUGACGUGUUCUUUUUGGUACAAACUAUAUUGAAUUUUUUUAGAAUAAUGUUUAAAUACAGGUAUAAUCUGAGUUAUUUUGAAAAAUUAAUACAAUAAAAAAUAAACGUGAUAUUACAUUAACACCCACCUCUCCCCGUCCUUGUGAUAUUUCGUGAUUUUUCCGAAUCCCUUUCGAGCCACACGUGAUUAAUGGAUGAUCCCUUACUUAUUAUCUACAAUGGAAUAAUUUUAUCGUGUGAAGUUGUACAUAUAUUGUUGACACGUGCGUGGAAUUCUGGCAUAACUUUUCAAAAUAAUUCGAAAUCGAUUUUUCAAUAAGUAUCGAUGUUUUAUUCCAAAGAAUUGUUAUCGAUAUGCCUAUCGAGUAGGUUGAAACAUAAAUUUAAACAUUAUUGCAAUAAAUGGGGUUAAAUAUUAUAAUUGACGGUGUAAUAAGUUUCUAUAUUUUUUAUUUAUCGACUUUAUCGAUUAUAAAUUGUAUCGAUUUUUAAUCGAUUCUUUAUCUUAACAGUCAAAUACCCUAUAAAUUGGUUAUAUAUCGACAAUGGUGCCCAAGAUUUAAGUCUGCCCAAACACAACAGUGCUAAGUACAAUUUUCAUAAAAAUGUGUGUUUAAUUUUUAUAGAAUUUGUCUAAUUAACUAAGCUUUCACUAGUUAUAUAAAAACAACUUUAUUCUAUUUGUAUUUGAAUUCUUUUUCCUAUAAAUUGUACUUUUAUCUUCUUUAGACAAAAUCUAUUGAAAUUAAGAUUUGUGAAGGCUUUCGUUGUGUUUUCUAGGUCAAAUAAUAGCUAGUGUGGGUAAAAAAGCAAUAUAAAUAUGUUAAAAGCUGAAAUACCUGCUUUUGUAAGUGACUAUGAAGCCAUCGAAUUGCCUUGGAAAUUCAAAAAUUGCACUUAGCACUUUUUCUUUUAAGCAGACUUAUGAUUUUUAUAACAAAUCUUUCCAAUCAUGUUAAAAAUGGAUUAUUUAAGUAUGUAUUUCACUAUAAUGGUCGCAAAAUUAACGGAGCCAAGGAAAUAAAAGCAAUAAAUAGUACUAGUAUUACUUUAACAUGACGUCCAUACACGUCGCUGAGCCUAAAGUGAGAUAUUUACGUUUAUAAUUAAAUUAUUUAUUGCUUUCCGAAUCGAGAAAUGUUAGUUAUUUAGCGGAGCAAUUAUUGCUAGAAAUAAUCGUUUUUGAGGGAAAAAGCGAAUUUUACUAGCAAUAAUUGUUCCGUAUAAAUAAGGUUUAAUGCAUUUUUGUACAUUAUAAAAAGCUCACGGCAGGCCGCGAUGUCUAGACACGUCGUGAGUUGUCACAAGACGUGAUGAGACGUCGCACGGCGUGUUCCUCGAAUAAUACACUAAUAAAAUAUAUUUAAGACGUUUUAUUGUAAUAUGGCUCUGUUUUACAAUGCCUAAGUAAACAUUGACCCCUUAUUCGUAGACGUUUUUUUUAUCUAAGGACGGAGCAUUGCUGUGAUAACAAGUCUGUUAUUCAGUUCGACAUGGCAGCCUUCGCAGUACGUAGGCAUACGGCCGUUGUGAUUGGCUAAUAUUGAGAUACAACUUGAAUCUAGUUGGCUGUCAGAUAAACAAAGCUGAGAAACAGACUUGUUAUCACAGCAAUGCUCCGUCCUUAGAUAAAUAACGUCUGUGAACAAGAGGAUAAUUUUCGAAAAAAAUAUAAGGCGACAUACAAAAAUCAAGCUCUCAAAUAAAUGGUAAACGAGAAUGCAGCAUUAACAGCCAUAUAUGUUAGCUAACGGAUAACUACUAUAACAUUGUGACACAGAGUCAAACAGCUGAUUUUUUUCAAUAAAAAAAGGUAUUCAUAAAAUGCAAAUUGAAUCAUGCUGUAUAUAAAAAACCUUUUUCAAUUGUCUGCUGCCUUGCUGUUCGGGUUCGAAGUUCGGGUUGGGCAAUAUUUUUUUACAGCCCGGAGUUUGGGUUCGCCUCCAAUACGUGGGAAAUAGCUGGUUAAUUGUUACUUUUACUCUUAAUGGAAGGCGUGAUGCUGAUCAUUGAUUCAUUGAAUUCAUUUUGUGAAUAACUUUUAAGUAUUGAAAAUUCGGAAUACAAUCAAUAUGUACAUUUUGUUACAUCAUGAUGAAUUAAAAUAAGUCGAAGAUAGGUUAUAAUCUGUUGAAUAAAAUGAUUGUCAACACGAUGAUGAAAUGCCAAUGCCUGACUGCCGAAAUCGACUACCGCCAUUUCCAAUAAAUCUCAAAAAUAGACCAAUUAGAACAAAGUAUUUUUUGACUACAAAUGAGUUAUUUUGAAUGGCUCUCGGAAUCG